CCCUUACUGUAGCAAUUUUACUGUGAACAAGAAAUUGACGUUUCUGCCUUCCCCUGCACCCUUCCUUGAUUGACAGGGGUGGUUCGGUCAUUUCACUUUGACAAUCCAGCUGUUCUGAAUGAGCUGACGCGUGGCAUUCAUCUUUCUGAUUAGCUAUGUCUUCUUUCUUUUUCCAUUGCUCCUUCCUGAAUUCUACAUUCUUUUUCCAUUUCGUUCUUAAUUAUUUCCUUCUUAGUUGUUUCGUUGUUAAUUAUUUCCAUUUUGAACGGGUGUUGCAGCGGUUAGUUCGAUGGUGAGGUUUCAUGGAGCCGUUGUAAUUGCCAUGGCUAUUUUUGUCCUUUUGCUUAGGAGGGAAGCGUAACUCAUUCUCUCUCUUUCGUUCCUGCUGUUAAUUUCAUGGAGUGGUUUGAUGGAGCUUCUUUAGUCGCAGCUCUGGAUCUGGUUGUUGAGCAGUAUGAGGUCUGUGCAGUUGGAGCUGGCGGUGUUGUUAAAAUUGCUUGCUGCUAUUGUUGGAAAGGAAUUGGAGCAGCUUGCUCUUGCGGCUGGGUUUUCAGAUGCCAAAUUUUAUGAGAUUGCUGGCGGACUAAUUGGGAAUCUGGUGGUAAUUCAAUAAGUGGGUCCUUGUCUAUUACAUCAUAAAUACGGCAUUAUGAUAAACUGGGGGGUAUUGCAAUUAGAAGCUGAGAUCAGUGUCAAAUUCAGGAAUUACUGUAUUGAUGCUGCCUUUGAUCACAGAAUUUUAAGCAGAACAAACAUUGAACAGUAAAUGACAUAAACAGGAAUCAUCAAUAUCCUGUGCGCAUUGUUGAGAUAGCUUGAUCUGCACCAAAGUAAUAUGGCUGAUGCACCUGUUAACUUUAAGAGACCAUCAAGUAAAGGGCGGAAAUCAAAGCGAAUAAGUGAUUUGAUAUCAAAUCAUAAUCUUCUAGUCAAGCAGAACAGUCAAAGUCCAAAAAGGCGAAAUCAAGACCUUCAAAAUAUACUGUACUUGAAAGUGGGUAUUUUGCCUUGGUUUAGGUUUAUAAAGUGAAUAUAUAUGUAGUGCUAUUUAAUCGGACCUGGUGUAAUUUUCUCUUCGUACCUCUACUGAAAGACCCGUGUCUUUUAGAGUUACACCAUCAAAUGCACAGAGUUCAAAGCAGCUAAGGGAUGCUGCUAAAAAUGAAAGGGUGUAUAAUGCUCCCACUUCAGAUGAAGUUGCUGUUAUCUGCCUGAUAGUGUUUCAUCAAGUCAGUGUUCAUGGCCACAUGUUCUUGUGACAACAAAAUCUGCGAAAUCCCAUCGGAUUGCCCAUUUUUAUGGGUGCUAUGACCCUUUACAGUAUCCCCUGCUAUUUCCAAGAGGUGAAUGUGGUUGGCAUCAGGGUCUAAAAAAAACUUCUUAUGGUGGAGAUAGGCAAGUGGCAGCAGAACCUGAUCCUAUUCAAUCAUGUGCAGUGAACACUCCGGAAAAUUUUCUGGAUGCAGAAGCUACUCGAGCUUCCAGAAGACAUACAAAAGCUGAUAAGAAUAUCUCUGCAAGGGAGUACUAUGCUUAUAAGCUUCAAAUUAGACCAGGAAACAUGCUCUUAAGAGCAGGCCGUGCAUUUCUGCAAUACAUCACAGAUAUGUAUAUCAAGGUUGAAAAUACAAGGUUAGAUUUUUUCCGGCAAAAUCAAGAUACAAUAAGAGCAGUUCUUUAUAAGGGUAUUCUUGACACAGUAGAGAGUGGACAGACAAGUGCAGCUAAUGUUGGUCAUAAAUUCAUUUUGCCACCAUCAUUUAUAGGAGGCCCUCGUGAUAUGAAAAGGAGAUAUCUAAAUGCAAUGGCUCUUGUGCAGAAAUACGGGAAGCCUGAUCUCUUUGUCACUAUGACAUGCAAUGCAAAUUGGCCAGAGAUAAAAGCCGAACUAGAGCCCGGUGAGACUGCCCAAGACCGACCUGAUUUAGUUGCUCGUAUAUUUCGGGCGAAGUUGAUUGCUCUGAAAAAAAAAUCAAGAAAGACAUGGUAUUUGGAAAAGUAAUAGCAAUGAUAUAUGUUGUAGAAUUUCAGAAAAAAGGAUUGCCACAUGCUCAUUUCUUGUUGAUUCUAGAACAGCAGCAUAAGAUGAAAUCUCCUGCUGAUUAUGAUAGGUAUGUUUGUGCAGAGAUACCUCCUGUGACUCAGCCUGAACUGCGUAAGAUUGUAGUAAGGCAUAUGAUGCAUGGACCAUGUGGCCAAUUAAAUCCAGAGUGCCCUUGUAUGAGAAAGAAGGAUAAUGUCUUUUCUUGUAAAAAUGGAUAUCCAAAACAAUUCACCGCACAAACAACGACAAAUAAAGAUGGUUAUCCUUGUUAUAAGAGAAGUGAUACUGGAGAACAAGUGAAGGUCAGAAAUGCCGAGUUAGAUAAUCGAUGGGUUAUACCUUAUAACCCUUAUCUCGCAGCACUCUUUGAUUGUCAUUUAAAUGUAGAGGUUUGUUCGACUAUAAAAGCAGUGAAAUAUUUAUAAAAAUAUGUUUACAAAGGACAUGAUCGAGUGGCCUUCAAUAUUUCGGCAGAAGAUAGAAAUUCUGGAGAUGAAAUUGCUCAGUUUCAGUCAGGAAGGUGGGUGUCACCGUGUGAAGCGGCUUGGAGAAUUUUCGGGUUUGAUUUAUUUGAGAUGCAUCCACCAGUCUUACCUCUGUCUGUUCAUAUUCCAGACAUGAAUAGUGUCUGUGUAUGCCCAUAUGAACGUCUUGAUAUAGGUAUUGCAAGCGGUGUUUAUGCUAAGACUCAAUUAACAUAGUUCUUUCGUAUGAAUGCAGCUACUGAUAAUGGUCUUGGUUACUUAUAUGGAGAAUUUCCAGAACACUAUAAGUGGGAUGCUUCAGCAAAAACAUGGUCCAACCGACAAAAUAAAAAACCGAUGGUUGGCCGUUUAGCUUUUGUGGCUCCUUCUGAAGGUGAACGCUUUUACCUUCGACUACUAUUACUGAAUGUCAGGAGUCCAAAAUCUUUUACAGACUUACGCACAGUUCAAGGUUAUGUGUGUGCAACUUUCAAGGAAGCAUGUCUUAAAGCUGGCAUUUUGGAAGAAGAUGAUGCUGCAAGCAUUUGUUUGGCUGAAGCAACUGAAAUUCAGCUCCCUGGGGCUCUACGCUGAUUGUUUGCAACUGUUCUUAUAUUUUGCCAGCCGAGUGAUCCGGUAGAACUAUGGCGCAAAUAUUAUUCUGCAUUGUCAGAAGAUUUUGCACAAAAACACUCUGGUGCAGAAAGCAAAAUUAAGAAACUAACUGUCAGAUCAGUGGAACAACAUUUAGAGGCUAUGGGGAAGUCAUUAUCUGCCUGUGGUUUGGCUAUUUUAGUGGAUGACAAUGAUAGCCAGAUUGAUAGGACAAAAGACAUUCAAGACGCCUUAGAUGCUCCAAUUCCUCAGGCUUGUAUAGACAGCCGUGGCCUACUAAAUACAACACAAAAAGAAAUUUUUACAUGUAUUAUGCAACAUAUAGUAGAAGGAAAACCAGGGGCAUUUUUCGUAGAUGGUCCUGGUGGAACUGGUAAAACGUUCUUAUACAAUGCGUUGUAUGCUGAGAUCCGCCUUAUGAAUAAGAUUGUUUUACCUACCGCUACGUCUGGAAUAGGUGCAGCAAAUAUUCCAUCAGGUAGAACAGCACACUCAAGAUUCAAGAUUCCAAUGGACAGUGAUGCUUCAUUAGCCUGCAGCGUUUCUAAGCAAAGUAGCUUAGCAGCAUUAAUAAAAGAAACAACUCUUAUAAUAUGGGAUGAAGCAUCUAUGGCAAACAAGCAAAAUCUAGAAUCUCUAGACCUUCUAUUACAAGACAUAUGCGAUAGUGAUGUGAUAUUUGGUGGGAAGGUAAUUGUCUUCGGUGGAGACUUUCGACAAGUGUUGCCUGUUGUUCCUAACAAGACUAUUAGAGAAGCAGUGGAAGCAAGUGUAGUGAGUUCUUAUAUAUGGCAGCAUUUGCGGAGAUUCAGGUUAACUGAAAAUCUAAGAGCUAGGGAAGAUCCUUCAUUUUGCCAGUUUUUACUUGCACUGGGAAACGGUGAACUGCAGACCAUGGAAAGUGAUUUUGUUGAGUUGCCACCACAGAUAGUGCAGACUUUCCAGCCUGAUGCUGAUCCAAUAGAUGAGUUACUCGAAUCUUCUUUUCCAGAACUUGGUUCGGGUGCUCUGGACCCUCAAAUCUUUUCAAGAAGGGCUGUUCUAACACCUAUAAACGACGAUGUUGAUACUAUAAAUUCGUUCAUGAUUGAGAGAUUCCUAGGACAAGCCAUAUCUUAUACAAGCUAUGACAGUGUUCUAGAUGAUAGUGGCAGCGUAUAUCCUACAGAAUUCCUGAAUAAACUAUGUCCAGGUGGAAUGAGCCCUCACAAUCUUGUGCUCAAAGAAAACUGCCCAGUAAUAUUGCUUAGAAACCUCCUGCCAUCUUCUGGUUUAUGCAAUGGAACGCGCCUUAUAUGUAAAAGGUUUUUCCCUAAUUUAAUUGAGUGCGUGAUUUUUGUCGGACAGUAUCAAGGGGAACAUGUAUUUAUACCCAGAAUUAAACUCAGACCAUCAAGUUCUCAGAAAUAUCCUUUCUAAUUUCAGAGGAACCAGUUUCCUAUCAAGCUCAGCUUUGCAAUGACUAUUAACAAGUCACAGGGGCAAACUUUAGAUCAAGUGUUAAUCUAUCUCCCUCGUUCGUGUUUUUCACAUGGUCAGUUAUAUGUGGCUCUUUCACGUGCACGAUCUGCAGAUAAAGUGAAAGUUAUAUCAGUAGCUCCUACUUUACAGCAUUCAGAGAACUCUGUUAAAAAUGUCGUAUCUUAUGCUGUCCUAAAGCUAGCAGGAGUAAUCUAGGAGUAGCAGAGAAAAUAAACUAAAAGCAGGGUGGUCAGGUGGAUCUUGGUUUGGAUUGGCGGGGUUUUGAAUCUCCUAAGAUAAGCUAAGCCAUGUGCAAUCACUUCAGCAGUGGCCCAAUGUUGAAUUCCAUGUCCUUCAGCAGUUCAGAAGCUUCCUCCAGAGCAAUUUUGAUGGCAUGGUUUUGUGAUAACUAAAGCAUCCGAAGCUGGGUUUAGGAAUGAAAUAAUCUCAGCCGCGUUGAAACAGUAGCAGCUACCCAGCAAUGAGCACCCCUUGCCAGGUGCCAGUGGGCCAAAUGUCAUCAAGUGAGCUGUGCUAUGGUGAUGGAUCAUCCAGGGCCAAGCUUACCGUUAUGGCAUGUUAUUGUUCGUGAGGAUGAAACUUCUGAAGAUUCAAUUGUUCAGAAAUUGUGUUGUAACACCUCUUGUCAAAGUUAAGGAUUCAAGGUCUUUGUUUGUAGCAUAUGAUAUGGACCUGGGGACCAGCUAACCGAGAUACCCUUAUUUGAGGCUUGAUGGAUCAACGUCAAUCAGCAAACGACAUAAGCAGGAUGAAUUUGCUUUUCUCCUAAGUAGUAAGGCUGGUGUGUUUGCUUGUAGGCUGCUGCAAGAGUUUGGAGGGAUGGACAAAAGAAGAGAGUAUAAGUUUACAGAUUUCUGAGCUCUGGAACCAUUGAAGAGAAGAUCGAGACUUGUGAUAGCUCAAGCAAGGCUCACAGUGUAUUCUUAGCUCGAAAACCCAAGUUUCUAUGGAUUUUGAAUCGAACUAGAAUGUUUCUGAGAAGAAAUCAAACAAAGUAGCAGUGACUUACUCAGCCAUGGCAG